AUGGGAACAAAAUAUUAUCAAGAAAAUUAUUUAAAAAAAAAGUCUAAAAAAAAAAAGAAAAAAAAGAUAUAUAAUAAUAAAAAUACUUUAAAUAAUGAAGACGAUUAUAAAAAUGGUAAAAUAGUUAGUAAUAGUAAUAAAAUUGAAAAUAUAAAUGCUAAUAAAAGUAAAACAAAUGAUAAUUUAAUACAUAAGGAUAUUAAUAAUAUAAAUAAUGAUUUAUCAGAAAAUGAUAAAUGUAAUAUGAAAAACAUUUCCAUUUUGAAUAUCGAUAAGAAUGACGAUACUUUUUCUGUAAAUAAAAUAUCUAACAAUGAAGAGAAAAAACAUCAUUGCAAUAAUAAUUCUUGUAAGGAAUAUCUUUGUGAUGAAUAUAAUGAUAUUGAAUUAUUAAAUUACGAAGAAGAAAAACAUUUUUGCAAUGUAUGUUUUUCUUUUUUAUAUUAUAAAAAAUAUUGUUUUUAUGAAUUACUAAGAAUAUAUAAGAGCUUUUGUUUUUUAAGCGAUGAAGAAAAAAGUUUGUUGACUGAAUCCAUUUAUUGUAAAUUGUAUAAAAUGUAUUUAUCUGUUUUGAAUAAUUAUUAUUUUAUACUAAAUAUAUUAUUACCUCAAAUAUCAACAAAUAUUAUAAUUCAUUUAUUAACUUUUACAUUUCACAAAGAUGACAAUGAUACAACGGAGGAAUAUAUAGUGAAUGAAAUUAUUGAUAAUUUAACAGUUGAAGAAAAAGAAAAAGUCGAUAAAAUUUAUAACUAUCAUAAUUUUGAUGCUAGACUUUUAUGUAAAGAUGAUGCAACAAUUAUUUUAAAUGAAAUAAAAUCAAAAUUACCAUAUAAUGAAAAUGAUAAGCAUAUAUUUGAAAUGCUUGAUUUAAAAGAUGAAAAGAGUAUUUCAUAUAACAGUGAAAGUGAUAAUCAUAUGAAUGAUCAGCAUUUAACUGAAAAUCAAAAUCAUGACAGUAAAAAUUAUGUAUGCAAUGAAAAUAAUUUUAUCAUAAAUGAUGAAAAACAUAGCAACAUUAUAAAAAAUGAUUAUAAUGGUAACUUAAAAAAAGAAAUUAAUAGUGAUGAAAAAAAGAAAAAUGAUGGUGGCAUUUGUAACGAGGAUAAAGCAAGUGCAGCGAAAGAAGAGUUAAAUGAUUGUUCUCAUAAUAAUUUAAAUAAUGAAAGUAAAAAAUUUUGUGAAGAAAAUAAAAAAGUUGAAAAAAGUAAAAAUAACAUAAAUUCUUCUGUUACAGCAAAAAAUGAAUCAGAUGAUAAUAAUACUUCAAAUUUUUCAUAUACAUCUAAUAAAGAUUCAAAUGAAAUGCUUAAUGAAAUUCCGAAUAAAAAUUUUAGAGAAAUAUCUAAAGAAAAAAAUGAUCAUUUGAAAGUAGAAGAAACAAGUAAUAUGAAUAAUUCAGUUAACGAAGAUUAUUCAAAAUAUGAGCACAUUCCACCUGGAUUAAGAAUAACAAAUGCAUACACUCCAUCAUUGGAUGAUUACAGCUUAAUCCAAAAUAUGAGCAAAGUGAGAAGUACACUGAGACAAUUUGUUCGUGACUGGUCGUAUGAAGGAAAAAAUGAAAGAGAAAAUGCAUAUGGUCCUAUCUUAAGAAGUUUAGAUAAGUAUUUACCUAUAACAGAUAAAUAUGUUCCAAAAAUUUUAUGUCCUGGAUCAGGGCUAGGUAGAUUACCAUAUGAAGUGGCAAAAAAAGGAUAUAGAAGCCAAGGAAAUGAAUUUUCUUAUUUUAUGUUAUUAGCAUCUAAUUAUAUUUUAAAUUAUUAUAAUGAAAGAAAUUCUUUAAAUAUUCAACCAUACUGUUUAAGUACAUCAAACAGAAAAAGUAGAGAUGAUCAUUUGAAAAUUAUACAGUUACCAGAUGUAAAUACUUAUAAUAAAGUUGUAUUAAAUACUGAAUUUUCAAUGUGCGCAGGUGAAUUAAUUGAGGUAUAUUAUAAUGAAAAAGAACAAUUUGAUGGAGUUUUAACAUGUUUUUUUUUGGAUACAGCUAAAAAUAUUUUUAUGUAUAUUCGUACUUUCGCUAAUAUUUUAAAACCUAAUUCUUUAUGGUCUAAUGUUGGUCCACUAUUAUAUCAUUACGCGGAAAUGCCAAAUGAAAUGUCUAUAGAAUUAUCAUGGGAUGAGAUUAAGUUGAUUAUUUCUAAAUGGUUUUCCUUUUUAGAAAUAAAAUGGAUAGAUAAUUAUUACACAACCAAUUUUGAUUCAAUGAUGCAAGUGCAAUAUCAUUGCAUUUUUUUUAGUGCUUUGAGGAACAAUGUACCUGUAGAUGAUUGA